GGCACAGAGGAACGGGACCGUGGGAGACCUCAUGCAAAUACUGCAAGACAUGGACCAUCAGAGGGCCAUACAGCUCUUCAAACAGCAAGUGAAGCUCCAGGAACUUUCACCAAGACCUGAAGAUUGGAGAGGGGACCUUCUCAGAGGUGUAUAGAGCAGUGAUGAGGAACCAGACAUAUGCUGUGAAGUUAUUCAAGCAGGGAAAACAGACUGAAUGGAAAAAACUCUGGAAACUCUUCAUGUCGGAAGUAAACGUUCUGAUUUUGUACCACCAUCCACACAUUGUAGAACUGAGUGGUUACUGCUCAGACAAUGGGAGCUACUGCCUGGUCUAUCCCUACAUGCACAACGGCUCUCUGCACAGCAGGCUCCACGGUCCCUCGCCCACAUUCCUUCCUUGGGAGACACGCCUCAACAUUGUCAAAGGAACAGCACAAGCCAUCCAGUAUCUGCACACAGCCCAGCCCUGUGCUGUCGUAUGUGGCAACAUCACCAGUGCGAAUAUAUUGCUGGACGAACGAUUUGAACCCAAGCUGUGUGACUUUGGCAUGGCCAGCCUGAGGCCUCACUCUGUUAAUCAGAGCUGCACCAUCAGCCUGGACCCCGGCACCCGCAGAGCCUGGGGGUACCAGCCAGAGGAGUACAUCCGGGAUGGCAAGCUGUCAGUCAAACUGGACGUCUCCAGCUUCGGGGUGGUGAUCAUGGAGGUGUUGUCAGGGAGAAGAGCUGUACAUGACGGCCCGGGACACACUGUGCUGAGGGAUGUGGUCACAGAGGUGGUGGAGAGAAGUGGUAGUGUUGACUCCUGUCUGCAGUUUCUGGAUGAGAGGGCUGGUUCCUGGCCCCACGCUGUGUCGCUGAAGCUCUUCCACUUAGCGAUCAACUGCACAGCAUCCCGCGCCAGGGUCAGGCCUCUGAUGACCACUGUGUUGGAAGUGCUUAGUGAACUGAACCCAGCCUGUUACUCAGCAGAAGAUCAGCCUCAUACACUGAAAGACAUGGAGGCUCCUCCUCUGACUUACGGACAAGUCCGCAUGAGCCUGCCAGUGGAGAAUGAUGAAAUCCAGGAUUUUCCUUUCCAAACCCCAGAGCUGAACACAGACGGUUCCCAUCAGAGGGAGCAGGGGAGAGCCCAGAAGAGCCCAUGUGAGUGCAGCCAGUCGGAGGUCACGUUCAGGGGAAGUGAGGCAAUUGCCAGCGAGUCACCCAGCAGCGUGUGGAGGUUCCUGCUCCCGGAAAGCAGAGCCGAGGACUGGCCUGCGUCUCGGCGGCUGCCAGGCCCUUGUUGCAGCAGAGCGGUGGAGUGCAGCUGUGCCUCUGAAGAAGCUGGAGGACAGUGUGAGGAAUGCAGAGCGAGUGGGUUCCUCUUACCAACAGCUGAUACCCCCAGAGACAUCAUCCAGUUAGCUGACAGAAGAUGAGUGUUAUGAACAAAGCUAGUGUGCAAAUCUCAGGAACGCCGGGACACAAAGAAACAACCUUCUCUGUCAGCUUUUUAUUGGAAAUAUUGGAAUAAUGUACAGUAUGUCAAAAUUAUAAAAUACAUUUAAAGAUAUUGAUACAUAUUCUAUAUUUGUUUUAUAACAUGCAAUAACAAAAUGCACUGUGAAAUAAGCCAUUAAUAUGCAUUGACAAAAUGGUUUUAAAAAUGAAUUCCAAUAUGUUGUGUGGCAGUGUGUCUAUAAUGGUAUGUAGACAAAGAAGCUUAAAACACCAUGAAAAUUCAAGAGAUUUCUAAUAAUUUGAUGCAGUUCUGUUACAGUAGUGAAUUGCAUUCAUAUUCUCUGUGGUACUGCACACAAGUUAUGCAAAGGUUGCUGGCAGUUUACAGACGACAUUCUGUCAUACAGUCGGUAAACCAGUUAUCUGUGGCAUUCAAUGAACUUGAAGUCAAAUUACAAUAUAUUUCCUCAGUGAAAAGCUUAGCAUUGGAAUAUAAGCAAGGUUUGGAAUUAGAUUUAACAAUUUGAUGUUUUCGGGCCAAGUUGGUUUUACCAGUUUUUUAUUAAUGGUAUUUAAUUCUGAGAUAAGUGAUGAAAUCGUUUGCUCCUCCUUAUGUGAAGUGUGCUUAUCUGGAUAUUGUGCAAUACUUAUGAAGUCAGCCGACAUCAGCUGAAGCAACAGGAUUUUCCACUUUGUAAUUCCUACCAGGUUAUAUUGUCCUUGGAAGCUAAUGUAAACAUAACCAAAUUUAAGAUGUAUUUUGGGGAUUAACUAUAUUAUUUAAACUUGCUUUGAAAUAUAGCUUUAACAAUGAAAUGCUUUAAAUAAAAUACUUGACAGGUGUGUAUCACGAAACCCAAGUAGAACUUUGAAAAUGACUGUUCAACAGUGCUGUUUACGUUUCUAUAAAACAUCCAGAGUGAUCCACUGUGUGGAAGAUGGCUUUAUUCUGUACAAAUGUGGCAGUAAUAAAAAGGGGUUAAAUAAUGUAUGUGUGUUCUGUCUUUUUGAACAGAUUUUUGAUUUUUUCAGAUUUUUGGGGGGAAGCAGAGGAAAAAUCAAAGAUUUACAAAGAAAAAUCUAAUUUCCUUUCAAUUGUGCAGAUCAAUCAUUAUCCAAUUUUCAUUUAACUGUGCAGAUCAAUGAUUAGUAUAACCGCAGGACACAGGGUUAGGAAUGGGUUUGUGGCUUGGGAUAGAACAGGGAGUACUCUGCAGUAAGUAACCUUUGGAAAGACGAUACAAGGACAAGAUUUUUAGCACACUGAGGACAAUUUUAUGAAUGCAAAGACUGGAGGGUCUUGCGGCUGGCGACCUCAAACUCGACCGACACACUAAUGUAUUUUACCCAAUGAUUACUGGGCUUAGAAACCUGCACACCUGACAACCACAUCCCAUUUGCGAAUUAUAAAUGAACUACUCUUGUGAUUCAAGCAAUCUCCCGUCAGUGAAUCAGUAGGCCAGGGAAGUGCUGACAUCACAGAGCUGAUGCCGAGAGUGACCGUUUUUAACACUCAUCAUUACAUCAUCAUAUCAUUUUGGGAAGAUUUUUAUUAUUUUUUUAAUGUUUUACAGAAUCAACUUCAGAAAAAAACUCAAAUGAAGUUGAAACCCAGUGGUGACACAACCCUUUCCUGGCAUAUACAUGCAUAGCACUUUGAUCCGAGUUCCCAGGCAGGCACGUCUCAGACUUCUAGUGUAAACACAUAGUUCAAGAUCUGGAGCGAAGCCAGGCUGCCCUCAUCCACCACAAAGACCUCCACCUCAGAAAACCUCCAUGUAAACUCUUCUUGAUAACCCUCAUAUUCUUUUUUCUUUUAGCCUUCUCUUUUUGAUAAAGAGAAUAACUCCAAAGCACCUGUCAGAAAUAAACAUUGGGAUUUUAUCUGGCAUCCACAGUGUUACAG